AUGGAGAUUACCACACUUGCACCUUCUAACUCAACAGAAAAUAUAUUGUAAGAAAAUUACUUAGCUCCUUAGAAGAUUGAGUUGCGUCUUGUGCAAAUUGCUCACAGCUUUUAUCUCAGGACGAAUAUGAAGGCCACAUAAGCCACCAUUGUGCACUUACUAGAAGAGACUCAUUAAGUCCCAUAGGCAGCACAGAAACUUUCACUGACUUUACCCCAACAAAUGAUCUUAGAGACACGUGUAAAUUUUGCCACAGAAAAUUUUUACCUGACAGGAUUUCAAAACACGAGUCCGCUUGCGAAUUUUCGUCUAUAAAACGACCUCAAUUUGAUAUGAAGCGAAAACGUCUCCCUAUGCUGGAUUUUGACAAUUCAAAAGUCCUCCAAAACCAGAAAAAAAUCACUUUGACCUCGAAAUUUAACGACAAGAAGUGAUUCAAACUGCAUGAAAAUUUUUUAAAUUCUAUCGGAUAUGAAAGGAAGGUGAAGUCCUUCGGAGAAAAAGGCAAAGAUUUAAAUAGUCUAAAACCACCCAGUGUUUUAUAUGAUGACUAUAUACAGUGCCCAACCUGCCUUAGAAAAUUCGCACCAGUUUCAGCUGAAAGACAUAUAGCAAUUUGCAAAAAUAUUAUAAACAAGCCGAAACAGCUAAUGCGAGUUCCAUCUGAUUUAUGUUUGCCGACUAUAAAAAUAAGGCAAAAAAAACAUAAUAAAAAAAUAAAUUCUCUUGAUGCUUCUCCACUGAAAGACGAAAAUUUUCAAGGAUAUUUUAAUUUUUCAUUAGCUGACACUCCAAAUGAAUUUACUGUAAAAAAAACUUCGAUUCCUCCAGUUAUGAGAAAUUCACCUGAACUAAGUGGCCAAUGUACAAUAAAAACUCGAAGGCAAGAUUCUUUUGCUUUCCCAAUCCAAUGCUCUCAUUGCUCAAAGAUUUUUGAUUCUAAAGGACUUGAAAAACAUGUUAAAGAUUACUCUAAAGAAUUAUCAAAAAUAAAGCGGUUUAGGGUAUUGUCAGAAACUCCUUGCCCAAAAUAUAAUCCGACUAAUGGCCAGUUGAAAAAUGCACAUCUGAUUAAAGAAGCAUCAACAUUAAGACUGCAUAGAUAUGAAAAAGGAAAUGCCCGAGAAGAGCCCUGUAAAAACUGUAAAUCAAUUUGCCCUAUUAGUGCUAAGUUUUGCAUGAAUUGUGGAUUGAAAUUGGGUGAUGAAUAA